CGGCGUACCGCUUCCACCAAUCUGUGCAGCGAGAGGACCACCCCAACCCCUGAACCUGAAUCUACCCGCCCUGCCCGUUUAUAAAUACUGCUUGAAUCACACCGGCAAGUCUUGGUCGUCAGAAACGCUCAGGGUUGCAGCAGAACAUCCCCCUUCGUCUUAUCCCCUUCAUCGUUUCUCUGUUUUUUAAGAAAAUAUCACGCAUCAUCCAUUUUCACUCUCAUUCUUCCCCCUUUUUCCUAACUGUAGUUGUUUUUUGCGGCCAGUUGCAUGCAUUUUUCGUCUCCCAAAAUGGUUUGCGAGACUAAAAUUGUUGCGGACGAACACGAUGCUAUACCUGGGACCAAAAAAGAGUCGAUCAUGUGGAGCUCUCCUCCGUCCAGCGCGGCUCUGAACCCCACCGAGGCCAAGGAUGUGAGGAAAGAUGCGGUUUUUAUCCGCGAGUUCGAGCGCGGGGAUCAAGAGGAGGUGCGGCGCAUCUUUUACGAGGGUAUUAUGGAGAGGAUACCCAACACGGCGUUUAGGGGGCUCAGGCAGCAGCCCAAGACUCAGUUUUUAUAUGCUCUUCUGACAGUAAUGUGCUUUUUCGUGACCAAAUCCGUCACGCUGACCUGCUGUGCACCCCUCAUUCUCAUGGGUGCGCGCUACUACUACAGCAGGAAAGUUAUCCAGAGUUAUCUGGACUGUGCUCUGCACACGGACAUGGCUGACAUAGAGGCUUAUUACAUGACACCCACAGGCUCCUGUUUCUGGGUGGCAGUGCUCGACGGACGUGUGGUUGGGAUCGUGGCGGCGCAGGGCCGCGAGGAUGACAACACGGUCGAGCUGCGGCGCAUGUCGGUGGACUCUCGCUACCGCGGCAAAGGCAUCGCAAAGGCUCUGGGUCGCCGUGUCCUGGAGUUCGCCGUGCGCAACAACUACGCUGCUGUGGUCCUCGGCACGACGGCUGUCAAGUUGGCCGCCCACAAGCUGUACGAGUCUCUGGGCUUCCGCCGAACGGGCCAGAACGAGGACUACAGGCUCCCCGGGAUGAGCCGCUCGCCGCUGGAGAGGCUCUUCUUCCAGAUCCGCUACAGCCGCUACCGCCUGCAGCUCCGUGAGGAGUGAGAGGUGACAGGGAGAGGGAGAGAGAGAUGGAGAAGGGGAGAUGGAGAAAGAGAGGGACAGAGAGAGAGAGAGAGAGAGAGAGAGAGAGAGCAACAACCCUCCUUCACCUAAGAGCCCCGACUGCAUCCUCUCCUCUGACAGCUUUUAUUUAUUUUGUGUCAUUAGAGAUAACUCCGAGUACUACUUAACACUUCUGCUAUUUCAUCUUUAAAGUCACUAACGUUUUCAUUACUAUUAUGCUUUUGUUGCUGUUGUUUUUGUAUUAUACUUUUACAUUUUAAAUAAGAGUUUGUUUCUUUUCCUCUAUUUUAUUAAGCUAUUUUUUGUACCUUUACCCCUCCCUUUCCAUUGUGGGAGAAAAAAUAAUUGGCUUUUACAGAAGACAUCUAACUGGCACCCCAACUAGGCACUCUCCCCUGCCCCUUUGGUUUUAAGACCAUGUGACUCUGAUCAAUACUCCCCUUCAUUACUAUUCCACAAUGCCCUCUUUACCCCUCCCCCAUUACCAAGCCUUCCCUUCCCUCCCACAUUCUCCUAUCCCCACAGCAAAAUUCAACAGAUAGGCGGGACAGGAGAGUGCAAUGAGACAUUUGCACUGUUUCAUUGGGGGUGGACGGAGCAAUGGAUGGGUUGGGAGGGGCAGAUAUGGCUCCCUCCAGAGCAAAACACACACAAAAAAAAGUGGUUGGGGAGCUUGUGGUACACACUCUAUUUUACAAAAGCUCUGCAAUGUUGCAUUUUGUGUGUGCACUGUGGACAGAGCAUGGUCACACAUACACACACACAAAUCAAGUCAUUUGGCUUUUAGCCAGUCUCUCAAGACACCAUAUUGAAGCACAGCAAGAGUGUGUUACUGACCCCCAUAGUGAGAGAGAAGGAUGACAGGAUGGUUACCGGAAUAUGCACCGUGUAUCCAGCAUCCUAGAUGGAUUUGAAUCAACACAGUGCAGCUUCCUCACACACCUUCCUCUUCCUUCUCCUCACUGAUUAUUUGAUUGGAUCUCUCCUUCCUUUCUAUUGUUUUCUAGAUCUAUCAUCAGUUAACCACUGCUUUUCUCAAUGGAGCUGUGGAGAGGGUCUCUGAUUGGUUGAGGUGACAGAAGGGUGGAACUUUCUUGCUGCAGUGUCACACUGACAGAUCCCAAGAUACAAUAUAUCUGCAUGUCAGAGCUUGUGUGUGUAUGUAUGCGUGAUUGUUCAGAGUAUGUGACUGUGUGUGUGUGUGCUUGAUGAGGCUAUGGUUAGACAUUAGACCAAGCCUCAACGGUGUAUGAUGAACAAUUAACCUAUUUUUAUUUUGCGUGAACAGACACGCCUUUCUUGCUAUGAGUCAAAUAUUAUCUAACUAAACAUCACUGCUUUCUGUGUGUACUUAUAAAUUGUUUAUUGAUUGAAGAAAGAUAAAUUCUAACAUUUUGAAUAUGUUUAGUAUUUGACCGAUAAUUAGUAAUUUUAUAACUUUAAACACAUAUUACCACAUUGUAAUAUGCAAAUUUUACUGUCAAAACCACAACAAAUAGUAGCUGCAGUCUACACUCCACAUACUUAAUCCAGGUUAUUGGGGAACAACUUGGGUAAGACACGACUACUAGCAAUACUUGCAAGUACAGUACAUAACUGAGCACAAAUAGCAAAUAAUUAUUUAAACCAAUAUAUUGGCAUUAGUAUUCCCCAUGUAUUUAUAUUGUGUAUACAGCUGAAAACUCAUGUAGCGAACAAAACGUUCAAGUUUCUCCCAUAACACCCCUCUCCAUCUCCAUCCUCCGACCAUACAACCAGCAGUAGAUUCAGCCAUCCACGACUCUGAGCCUAAGUUGUGUCAUCAUACCAUUUGUAAAAAGUCAAAUAUAAAGCAAAAUACAACAAAAAAAAAUCACAUAAGAUGAAAAAAAAAGUGAAAAAAAAUUGAAUACAAAUGUAAUCGUCAUGAAGUUAGCACUGACCCUCCUUGCCUUGCCACCCUUUCCCCCCAAACUCUCCCUACUUCCCCAUUCAUGAAUCUGUCUGCAACCCUGGGCUAGACCCCACACCUUCCAUUUGAACCCUGCACACCCCUCCACUGACCUUUGACCUUCCCUGUCCCAGGCCACACCCAUUUCCCACCCAUCUCUGCAUGCGCCACAGAGCCUUGCUGCACUGCUUUUAUUAUUCCAUUUGAAGCUUGUGGGACCAACCCUACACCCCGCCC